AUGAAUAAUGAAAUAUUGCAAAAUAAAAUGGAGGUAUUAUUUUGGGGAGUAUUUAGAAACAUUUUUUUAUUCAAAGAAAUUUUUUCAAAUUUUAAUCCUAAUAUAACAAGGUAUCCAGAAAUAUCACUACCAGUUAUUUUUAAAUCUGGUAAUUUAUUAGCAUAUAAGUCUUUUAUUAAAGUAUACAAUUUAAACAAAAAGCAAUUAGUAAAAUUCAUCCAAAAUCAUUUUGAAAAAGGAAUUUUUAAAAUAAAAUCAUAUCACCAUUUUAAAAUGUUUUGUUAUUUAAAUGAUAAAUACCUAUUAUUAAUAAAUAGUAUUAUCAAAAAAUGUCAUUUUGAUUUCAAAAAAAUAAUCAAUUCAAAUAUAAAAUUAAAACAUCUAUUAAUAAUUACAAAUUUUGCUUUAUCUUGCACCAUAAUAAAUAAAACAACAAACAAUGAUAUCAUUACAGAGAAUUUAAAACAGUUACUUAAAAAAAUAAACAAAUAUGAUAUUAAAAAAUUCGAAUUAUAUGUAAUAGACAUAGUAUCGUUAGAUUUUAAUAACAUUUAUUUUAAAUUAAUAAAAGAGUGUUUUAACAUUUUAUUAUCAUUAAAUUCAGAAACUUCAUUAGAAACCUUCUUUAAUGAUCUAUGUACCAAAAAUAAAGUAGUUGAUACCACAAUAGAAAAUAGUGAAAAAAAUAAAAAAAAAUUCCUUUUAAUUUUGGUUGUAUCUUUUCAAAAUCCUUGCAAAAGAGAAAAAGUAAUAUCAAUUUUCAAAAGAUUUAAUUCAAAUGUAUUUAAUUUAAAUAAAGUUUUCUCAAUGAAACACCUUUUAACCAAAAGUAAAUUUAUUUAUUGGUUAGUUCAAAAUGCAUUUGCAAUCUUUCCAAACCAAUAUGAAAACACUGUUGAAUUUGAAGCUGAUUUUAGUAACAAUGGCAACCAAUCAAGUUUAUUAAAGUUUUCAUGUGACUUUGUUUUUUUAUUUCAAAUAUUUUAUCUCUAUAAUCAAAUGGAUACAAUAACUAUGCUAUUAAUUGAAAAUCCAAGAGGUGUACUAUUAAAAAGAAAUUGGGCUUUAAAUUGUAGACCAGAUUUUUUGAACAAUUUUAUAAUUAAUUUUUUAGAUUCAAAAUAUAUUUGGAAGUCUGAACAAAUAAAAAAAUUAAUAAUUCAAUUUUAUAAUUUGGCUUCAUCCUCUGGAAAUAUCGAGUUUUUAAAGGUGCUUUUAAACUAUAAAGAUCUUAUUGGAGUUGAUGUUAAAGAAUUAAUGGAUAAAGCUUUGGCUGAAAAUAAUAUAGAAAUGGUGGAAGUUUUAUCAAAGUAUACAAAAAUUAAUAUAUCAAAUAUAAAAGUCAAGUCGUUGUCCUAUUACCAUUUUAAAAAUAAUAUAGAAUAA